ACGACUGCCAGGAAAUGAUCUGAGAACCGUUACAUAAACACACUGCAGUGAAGACGUACACUCACCCAGACAUCUACAGCUUUCCACAGGGGGGCAGCAGCAUGGAGACGUUCAGCUCCAAAGAUCUGGCCAUGAAAGCCCAGAAGAAGAUCCUCAGCCACAUGGCCAGUAAAUCCAUGGCCCAGAUGCUGGUAGACGACACCAGUGGAGAGGUUCUGGACGAGCUGUACCGGGUCUCCAAGCUGCACACGGGGGACCGGGCCAAGGCCCAGAAGGUCUCCAAGGACCUGGUGAAGGUCGCAGUGAAGGUGGCGGUUCUGAUCAAACACGACAAAUUCAGCAAAGAAGAGCUGAAACUCGCUCACGAGUUCCGCAAGAAGCUCCACAACGGAGCCAUGACUGCUAUCAGCUUUCAAGAGGUGGAGUUUACGUUUGAUAAGGCGGUGAUGAUGGAGCUGCUGUCGGAGUGUAGGGAUCUGCUGGUGAAGCUGGUGGAGAAUCAUCUCACUCAGAAGUCUGUGGGUCGGAUUCAGCACGUCUUUAAUCACUACUCGGACCCGGAGCUGCUCACUCACCUGUACGACCCCCGGGGGGCGCUGUGGCCCAGCCUCACCAAAAUCUGCUCCGGACUCAACCGCCUGAUCGAGGAGGACAAGCUCUAGUGCAGAACCCGGAGAGAGAGAGAGUGUGUGUUGGUGUGUGUGUGUGUGUGUCAGUGUGAG